GGAACGUAGUGACCCAAAUUAAGAGCUAAAGGUGCAAAGAAGAGAUAAGAGGCCAUGAAUCUGCACACUCCUGGCAAUGGUCUCUUCGAAACACAUGUCACAUGGGAGGAUAUCGAGAAAGAUAUGCUACGAGAGCUGCAGACUAAGGCUUCUUUUGGGCCCAGGAAAAGUGCGAAAGAUUUAGCAGAAGGCAUCGGUUUCUUGUCGAAAAUGUUACUUAUCGACCCUGAUUGGCAAAAUGCGGACAAGGAGCUUCCGAAACGAUUUGUUGUAAAAAUACUUACGCAAAUGAUUGUAGCUAAUAUGACGGCAGAAAUGAGUGCGAUUGGAGAUUCCGCGACCGAUUAUGGUGAAUCCUAUAAGAAGGCUCAUAAUACUGAAGUGCUAGUUUAUAAUUAUCUCAUAAAACAUUCACAUGGGAGAGUUCUUCUACCAAAGAUCUAUCACACAAAAUCAUUCACCGAGAGCAAUCCACUCAAAGGAUAUAUCAUCAUGGAAUAUUUGGGGAAUGCCAGAGCGGAUUUCUGCAGUAGUUUCGAUAUAAAUUCUGUAAAAGAGGUUUUUCCGACUAUAGCAGCCAUGGAAGCGAUGUCCCUCAAAUUUACUACGGAGGAAAGAAAUCAAUUCACAACGACGUUUUAUCAGCAAUUCUAUGGGAAAAUGUGCGAAGAUAAUGUUUUUGUCAAAUCAAUCGAAAUGCUUCGAACGCUCGACGACGGUAGGUUCAACAAGAAAGUCGACAAAUUGGAAGCAUACGCAAACCAUAUGUUGGAUCCCGUCAAAGUCGACCGUCUGGCAGAUGACUUAGGAAUGCAGCGGGUUCUUUGUCAUGGUGAUCUCUGGACAGGAAAUGUUUUAUGGGUAAAGGAAGACAACAAUGAACUCAAAGCGAACGCCAUCAUAGAUUUCCAGUGUGCCCAUUUGGGCUGUCCAGCUGUUGACAUUGCAUCGAUGCUCCUUUCAUGUCUAAGCGGUAAAGACAGACAAGAACACUGGACGGAGCUGCUCGAACUCUUCUAUUCUAAUCUGAAGGAAGAAGUGGGAGACAUGAAAAUGCCCUACACAUUUGAACAGCUCAAGGAGUCGUACUGUCAAUGUCUGCCUUUUAUCGGUUUCACAUUCUUGCCUUUCAUGAUUCCUUUUCUCGAUAAAAUGCGUAAAGAAAACAUUGAGGAGAAUAAACAAAAAUUGGAAUCGCUUUUGGAAAGAAUGGACUACCUUUUGGAUGACAUGAUAUCAUUCUACAAGCGCAACAAGGAGAAGAACUUGCAAACCGUUACAGUCCCAGGAAAACAGUUUGGCUCUUCUAAGCUGGCGAAUUAG